AUGGAACAAAUGGAGGAAAUGGUUGCUACGAUCGCUGAAUUACAUUUAGGGAACACCUGCUGUCAUUGUGUAUUGACUCUGAAGUGCAGAGAAUUUUAUGAAAAGUAUGCGGAAAAUGACAAUAUAUGGGAAUUGGGAAAUAAUCAAGGCGAAUUCAUAAAGCGAAAUCGCCAGCACCGCACUGAGGCUGCAGUCCAAUUCACAAAUGUGAAAUGCAUAACAGCUGAUCCGAGUUAUAUAACUACCGAACAUUGCUUCAUAAAAUCGGUGAAUCGCACUUAUAAAUAUUUUUCGAUGCGUUUGAAGUUGCACACAACGGAGCUAUUAACGAAUACAACGGUAAAUUUUUCAUUAUUGAAAAAGGCUAACGGUUAUAAGCCUUUUCUUUAUAACAUAACUUUUGAUGGUUGCAAAUAUCUUCGAAGUCGUACAAAUCCUAUAAUUAUCUACUUGCACAGCUUAUUUGAGUUAUAUUCGAAUAUAAAUCAUACGUGCCCCUAUGGACCUAACGACUUCGUAGUGGAAAAGCUUCCUAUUUCUCAUAUUCAACGUUAUGUUUCGGAUAUCCUUCCAUUACCUCAAGGGCAGUACAUGUUCCAUUCUACAUGGGCAUCUUUUAAUAUGAAACGUAUGUUUGUUAAAUUCUACUGGGACUCCAUUUAGGCGCUUGGUGUUAAGCAUUUAAUGCAGACUACUUGUGUGUGUAUAUAUGUAUUUGUAUUCGCCGUCAC